AGAGGAGGUAGAGCCAGUCCACGGAGAAACAGGGACCCUCCGCGAUAAACACAGGCGAGCCAGAGAAAUAAAUACAUGCCCAAUUGGAACGGCGUUUUUUGAGAUGCUCUCCUUCUGUGCGCGCAGGAGACACCUAGUAAGAUAAUUAUUUAAUUCUCUGAGUGUAUUUUAACGCGUUUUAGCUGUCAGGAGGAGAGGACACAAGGAAACUCUUCAUUUCGUCACAUUUGGAUUUUUUUUCUCACUCGCGCGAGUAAACUAGAAGUAAAUUCGUUGCUCGAUAAACCGAGCCUUUUUUUCUUGUUUUUAUUUUCCUUUUUUCUUUCUUUCUUUCUUUUUUUUUUUUUUUUUUUUAACUCAUGAGCGGAGCUGCUUUGAAUCACGCCUGAUAUGGUGUUUCCAAGGCUGGAAGUUGAAUCGUUGCGUGCCAGCAUCAAGAUUUGAUUUUUUUUUUCUCCUUUAACUUAUCCGCUGUGUAGCUUUGAGCUCUGCUGGUUUAAACGAGAACAAACACCCGCUUUUCUGAAAUAAUGUUACUGGAUGCUGGUCACCAGUUCCCCGGACUGGGAGUGGGCUCAUUUGCCAGGCAUCACUCGGCCAGCGAGAUGCAGGAGAGAGACUUGAGUUUGGCACAAAAUAGCUUUGUAGACUCGGCACACAUGGGUGCGUUUAAGCUCAACCAUGAUCUCUCUCCGGGACAGAGCUCUGCCUUCACCACCCAGGCGCCCGGCUACCCCGCUGCGGCUUUAGGGGCUCACGCCGCCCAUGUCACGUCGUAUGCAAGCUCUCCUUUCAACUCCACCAGGGACUUUCUCUUUCGUAGUCGCGGCUUCGGAGAAUCCUCUCCGGCGAGCAGCCAACAUACUAUUUUUGGCCCCACGGCGGGAUCCCUUCAUCACUCCCACACAGACACUCAAGGCCACAUUUUGUUCCCCGGGAUCCACGACCAGCACGGCUCCCACGGAUCCCCGAACGUCCUGAAUGGCCAAAUGAGGCUCGGACUACCCGGAGAAGUUUUCGGACGCUCCGAGCAGUAUCACCAGGUUUCCAGCCCGAGGACCGACCCGUACUCUGCCGCGCAGCUGCACAACCAGUACGGCUCGAUGAAUAUGAACAUGGGGAUGAACAUGGCAGCCCACCACCACCCCGGUGCCUUUUUCCGCUACAUGAGGCAGCAGUGCAUCAAGCAGGAGCUCAUCUGCAAGUGGAUCGACCCCGAGCAGCUCAGCAACCCCAAGAAGUGCUGCAACAAAACUUUUAGCACCAUGCACGAGUUGGUAACGCACGUCUCGGUAGAGCACGUCGGUGGACCGGAGCAGACCAACCACAUCUGCUUCUGGGAGGACUGCUCCCGGGAGAGCAAGCCGUUCAAGGCAAAAUACAAACUGGUGAACCACAUUCGGGUGCACACUGGAGAGAAGCCUUUUCCAUGCCCCUUCCCCGGCUGCGGAAAGGUGUUCGCACGGUCGGAAAACUUGAAGAUCCACAAGAGAACGCACACAGGAGAGAAACCGUUCCAGUGUGAGUUUGAGGGCUGCGACAGAAGGUUUGCAAACAGCAGCGACCGAAAGAAACACAUGCACGUCCACACGUCUGACAAGCCAUAUCUCUGCAAAAUGUGUGACAAGUCCUACACACAUCCCAGCUCUCUACGAAAACACAUGAAGGUCCAUGAAGCCUCCCCACCAGCAUCAGACUCAUCACCAGCAGCCAGCUCUGGUUAUGAAUCCUCCACGCCUCCAGGCCUGGUGUCUCCCACCACGGAGACCCAGAGCAACACCACCCUGUCCCCAGCCUCAGCUGUGCACAACACCACCAGCCACAGUGGCCUGUCCUCCAAUUUCAGUGAAUGGUAUGUGUAGGACUUAAAGCUGAAAAUGAAGCAACACACACUCAUUUCACAGCACUGAGGCCAUUCAGCAGGAGAUUUGGGACACGUGCACGCGGGAGGCACACAAGCAUUUGUUUAUUUUCUAAUUUUAUUAUUUUUCCGAGUCACCAGGGAAGAUGAGGAUUACCAACAGAGGAAAAAUAUGUAUAAUAUCCGAGGUGUAUUUCAUAUUGUAAAUACUUACUAAAAAAACCCACUUUCCCAUUGGUUGUGAUAGUUUGUCAGUCUUUGGUGUAUAGAUGUUCCUUCAAUGGUAGCUAUUUCUCUAACUGGACUUUUAGUGCACAUAUUACGAUAAAAAAUUGUACUAUAAUGUUGAAUAUUGUGAUCCUAAGGCAAAUUGAUUGUACUAUACUAAACAUCUAUAAACUGGAAAGAGUGCCAAAGUUAACAUUUAACUCAAACAGACCACAAUAUUAUGCUUGUGAAUGUAUAUUUUAGUUUGCUGGGCUUAACUUGUGAUGUUUUGUGCUUUGCAAGUUUGAAUUGUGAAAUACUAUCUGGAAGAUUGUGAGGACAAUAAACGUUGUGCCGUUGGAUUUUUCUGUAACUACACCCUUCCUUUUGUAAAUAUCAACUGCCAUAUUUAUCCAUUUGUAAUUAAAUUAUGGUAUUUACUUGCUACAGAUGAAACAGUAUUUAUAAAGAAUGUUUCUUUACCUAUAAAUAUGUACAAUUACGAGCUAAACAUGGGCAGUUGUUUCGUUCUGUGCUUUUGUUCAAAGUUUUAAGAGGUGUUUUCUUCCUUAUUGUGAUAAGAAUUUUACUGCAUACAAAUAUAAUAAAAGGUGUUGCAAGUGCUAAA